CAUUCUGUUUGAGUUUCGGCACGCUCAGUUCCGUCACAACGCAGCCUGCCCACAGCACUGCCGAUACCAUUGCGUUUCAGGUAUCCAGGCUGCGGCUGAGGGUAUCGUGUGCCUUGCCACGCCGGCGACACUGUAAUGGGAUAUUGUCAUGACUCGUGGGGGGGCGCAAAGACAUUCAAAAAGGAGUCGAGAUCCUCCUGAAUCGCUCCACUCGUAACUUUUUCGCAUCUUCGUCAUGGACGAUAUCAAGGUGCUCGCUGUAGGGGGGUCGAGGAACAUUGGGUACUAUGCCUCGCUAAGGCUGCUCGAUUUGGGGGCUACAGUGACUUUUCUCCUGCGCUCACCAUCAGUUUUCAACGAUGACGCGACAAUUAAACGCUAUGUUAACUCGGGCAAAGCACGGCUGCUUAAGGGAAACGCCCACGUACGGGAGGAUGUCGAACGCGCCUGGACUGAGGCUGCAAAAGGUGACGACAACAGACCGGUCGAUUUCCUCAUCUUUACAGUUGGUGGCACUGGCCGCUUCACACUCUCUAAGGGAUUCGUGAUCUCUCCCCCGAACCUCGUCACCCAAGCGCUACUAAAUUGCUUGGAAACCCUUCCAACACCGACACCGAAGAUCAUCACCAUUUCUUCUACGGGCUUAACACGUGCUUCACAUAAGAAUUUGCCACUCCUUCUCAAACCUUUGUACGGCUAUCUCCUACAAGUACCCCACAAAGAUAAGUGCGGGGCAGAGGAGAUUCUCGCUCAUUGUGCUGGUUGGCCUUGGGAGGAGUGUGACAGUCCCGGACCGGAGAUCUUGGGUGCUAACUGGAAAGAGCGCGUGCCUGAUGGUGGCCAACUGAAGAGCGUCGUCGUCAUUCGUCCCGCACUUUUAACGGACGGCGAGUGCCGUGCUGAUGAGGCUUCCCGGAACAAGCAGGCUUAUCGGGACGUCGCACACUUCCUCGUCGAGGGUGUCAUCAAAGAUUGGGACACGUGGCAGGGCAAGCGCGUCAGCAUUGCCUACUAGCCCAUCUCAAGACGGUUUUUUUCUCACCCAAGUCACCCAAAGAUUGAUUUCUCAGUUGUAAGGCUUCGUAAAAACAUGCUGUAGCGCUAUCGUAUGGACUGUUUUGUACAUGUCUGGUG